GUCUGUCGGAAAAUUUUAUAGAUUAUUCCGCGGUCACACUGAGCGUGAGCCGAAACGCAAAAUUUACGUCAAAAAGCCGGCAUAAAUCAUUUUUUGUUCUGCCCCCAAACAAACUCAGCAUCGGGCAGAAGACUCAUUUGUUGGUGGGUCAACGUAACAGCAGCAAGCCGUAGGCGUGUGGGCAAAGUCUCGGAAUAAGUUAAACAAUAGGGAGAAAUAAGAAAGAAAAAAAGACUUCAACCAUGUCUCACACCAUUCUGCUGGUGCAGCCGGGAGCACGCCCGGAGACCCGUACCUACUGCGACUAUGAGAGCGUCAACGAGUGCAUGGAGGGUGUGUGCAAGAUCUACGAGGAGCAUCUGAAGCGCCGCAAUCCGAACACACCGACCAUCACCUACGACAUUAGCCAGCUGUUCGACUUCAUCGACACACUGAUGGACAUUAGCUGCAUGGUGUACCAGAAGAGCACCAACACCUAUGCCCCCUACAACAAGGAGUGGAUCAAGGAGAAGAUCUACGUGCUGCUCCGCCAGGCGGCAUUCAGUCCGAAUGCCUAAAACCCAUCCACGGUAGGGGCUUUGUAUGGGAAACGACGGGGGUAAUAAACCAACCAAAAAAAUCAACACUAAACAACAACACGAGGGAAACAAUAGCUCCAACAACAAAACAAAAUAAAUACAGAUACGGCCAAUCGACCAGCCAAAUAUGAGGUACAGAUACAAAAAUGCGUACACCGUUAAACGCAAUUCGACAAAAGGAAAUCACUCAAAUUAAACGCAAUUAGACUACAACAAAUGCAAUUUCUGUGGGAAGAUGCCAUGAAAAUGCGACAACACGACUCCUGACACAAGCAGAAGAAUCGUGUUGUGAUCCUUUAAUUAUAAUACACACAAAAAAUAUAUUAUAGAUAUAUAUUUUUGUUUCCUUCUUUCUAAGAUUUACAACACGCAUAAAAAAUACGAGAAAAAAAAAAGAACAACACACUCAGCAAAAACAACCAAUUGUGCUCCCGCAUCCGCAAACGCGGGUCAACUAGAGAGAAUUGUAAAACUUAGAAAUGGAAUCCUUACUUUACAACAACUAAUAUAAUGUAUAUACACGUAACUGAA